AUGGCUAGCAUCGUGGUGAAUGUUCAUGACUAUGGAACUUGGGUGGAGGAUGGAGCUCGGGUUCAGUGCACAUUUUGCGACAAGCGAAUGAAUGACUUUAAUCGUCUCAAGUAUCAUUUGGGAAAUGUCUGUAAGGACGUAACCCCAUGCUCACAAGUUCCAUUACCUAUUAGAGAGGCAUUUUUUAAGAUGGUUAUGGAGCAGAGAUAUCCUGAUCGUAAACGUGGAAGAUCCAACAAAGGUUUUACUGCUUCUGAGACAGCUGCGGAAGCUGAAAAACUAGCCCAAAUGGACGUUGCUCAGUUCUUUUAUGAACACGGUGUCGACUUCUCUGCUGUGGAUUCGACAAGUUUCAAAAAGAUGAUGAUGAUCAAGACAGUAGGAGGAGAAGGUGGUGGUCAGAUGAUCCCUGACUCUCGUGAUUUAAACGGCUGGAUGUUUCAAGAAGCUUUGAAGAAGGUGCAAGAUCGUGUGAAGGAGAUUAAAGCUUCGUGGGAGAUCACUGGGUGCAGCAUCCUCUUUGAUGCUUGGAUUGGCCCGAAAGGACGUGAUCUGGUUACUUUCGUUGCAGACUGUCCAGCUGGGGCAGUGUAUCUGAAAUCCGCUGAUGUUUCUGAUAUAAAAACCGAUGUCACUGCCUUAACUUCGCUGGUAAAUGGGAUCGUUGAGGAAGUUGGAGUGCGUAACGUGACUCAGAUUAUUGCAUGUUCCACCUCUGGUUGGGUUGGUGAUUUAGGCAAGCAACUUGCUGGUCAAGUUUUCUGGUCUGUGAGUCUUUCCUAUUGCUUAAAGCUUAUGCUGGUGGAGAUUGGGAAAAUGUAUUCCUUUGAAGACAUAUUUGAAAAGGUCAAGCUCCUUCUAGAUCUGAUCAAUAACAACCCCUCCUUUCUAUAUGUCUUCAGAGAGAAUAGUCAUAAAGUCGACGUAUCCUCAGAGUGUGAGUUUGUUAUGCCGUAUCUAACUCUAGAGCACAUUUAUUGGGUGAGGAGGGCAGGGUUGUUUGCUAGUCCUGAAUGGAAGAAAGAACAAGGCAUAGCAAUAUCCAGUUUUGUGAAUGAUUCCACAUUUUGGGAAUCUCUUGACAAAAUUGUGGGAAGUACAUCUUCUCUGGUUCAUGGAUGGUUAUGGUUUUCAAGAGGCAGCAAGCAUGUUGCAUAUGCCUAUCAUUUUAUAGAGAGCAUCAAGAAGAACGUCGCGUGGACUUUCAAGUACGAGAGACAGUUUUACGAGCCGACAUGGAAUGUGAUAGAUGACGUGUGGCACAACAACCACAAUCCUCUUCAUGCUGCUGGUUAUUUUCUGAAUCCGAUGGCUUACUACUCCGAUGAUUUCCAUACUUAUCAACAUGUAUACACCGGUCUUGCCUUCUCUCUGGUUCACUUGGUAAAAGAACCUCACCUUCAAGUGAAGAUUGGUACACAGCUUGAUGUGUAUAGAUACGGUAGAGGUUGCUUUAUGAAAGCCAGUCAAGCUGGUCAGCUCAAUGGAGUCUCUCCAGUUAAUUGGUGGACUCAAAAGGCGAACCAGUAUCCUGAACUGCAGAAUCUCGCUGUUAAGAUUCUGAGCCAAACAAGUGAAGGUGCUUCAAGGUACAAGCUGAAGAGAAGCGUAGCAGAGAAGCUGUUGCUCACUGAAGGAAUGAGCCACUGUGAACGAAAGCAUCUGGAAGAGUUGGCUGUUGUACAUUACAAUCUCCAACUACAAAGCUGCAAAGCCUAAGGAAGUGAAGAGCAGUGAAGAUUUGUUUUGCAUAUGUGACUCCAUUGAUCACAAGCUUUAGACAAUUCUUGGAUCAGAGUACUUUUUACCCAAAUAAGUUCCAUAUUUCUGUAUUCUUGCAAGGAUUUGCAAAAACAUGAGUUCGUUUAGAACAAAGAACACCCAAGAGAUUGU